AUGGCUGGUACUUAUGAUACUGAAGAGCAAAGAAUUAUUGAUAGAAUUAAAUGCAUUGUUUUUCGUGAAGCUCGAGAUGCUGGCGCACCAUUUACUAAUCGACAUUGGGUUGCGAAGAAAGUUCAUCGUUCGGUUCAAUUUGUCACAGAUUGGUUACACUGGGUGAUUAAAGAUAUAGGUGAAUCUUGGACUGGUCAAUAUUUUCGUGAUAUAAUUUUGACUGAACACGUCUUUCCAUUCUUAAAAAAUGAAGAAAAUGUUAUCGAUCCCGAUGAAGUUAUAUUUGUCUGUGACAAAGCACCAUGUAUGCGAGCAUAUCAGACUCACCAUUUGCUGCAAGACAAUGAUGUUAAAUUUUGGGGUAAUGAUAUUUGGCCUGAAAAUUCACCCGAUCUCAAUGUGGCAGAACAUAUUGGAACAAUAAUCAAGGAUGAAGUUGAAAAAAAGAUCUUAUCAGAACCUGGGCAUUCUCGUUAUCUUGAAGAAACACUCAAAAUGCACAUUUCAGAUGUUUUGAAAAACAUGAAAACCGACACUGAUUUAUUUGAAACUCUUCUAUGUUCGUAUCAAUCUCGACUACGUGCAGUAAAGAACGCUAACGGUCGUCACACUGAUUAUUGA